CCGAUCACUGCACGUUGAAACGACAAGCCCAGGACCUGAGCCCGCCCAAGCUUGCGUUUUACUUCCUGGCUCCUCCUCCGUCAGCAAUCGCGACAGUCGCUCCUUCCCAUUGCAUCAAACAACUUGCAAGAGCAAGACGCUCUGCGACAACGCCUACAAUCUGCACCUCACCACCGGAAGCACCUCCACAACCACCAUGUCUCUCUUCCGCCUCGCCCGCUUUCCGGCUUUGCAGCAGCCCCUCCUCCGGCGCACCUUCCUCACCACACGACCCCUCUUCCACGCAGACACUGUCGUAAAAAGCCUGAAGCCAGAGCUGAUGACCGCCAUGCGCGCAAAGGACAAGCCGCGCCUCACCGUCCUGCGCGCCCUCCUCGCCGAAAUUACAAACGCCUCCAAAACAAACAAGCCCGUGGAUGACGACCCGGCCCUCUACUCGCUCCUCGCAAAGCAAAUCAAGGCGUCCAACGCCGCCGUAGAAGAGUUUGUGCAGGCGAAGAGAGAGGACUUGGUUGAGAAGGAGAGGGGGCAGAUACUCAUCUUGGAGGGGUUCCUCAACCAGAUUGAGGUUGUUCCAGAGCAGACAAUCCGGCAGUUUGCCGAGGAGGUUGUCGCGGAGAUCAAGGGUGAGGCCAAGACGGGAGCUGUCAUGGGCAAAGUGAUGAAGAAGAUUGGGGGAAAGCCUGUUGAUAUGGUAAUGGCAGGUAGGGUGGUAGAAGAGGUCGUGGCUGAGAAGUCAUCAUGACCAGGCGACGCACUUGUAAGAUGCACUUGUAAAACUUGUAAUACCGCAAAUGUACAAUAGAUGUCUGCACUACAGAUAACCCCAAGAAGAGAACAUACCACAUCAUCCCUGACAAGACAAACCUCGCACGAUGCUAAAACUGCUGAGCCUGACCGUGACAAGAGGAGAAGUAGAGAAGCAAAGCCGAGGGUACCACCGUGGUCCUCCAAAAGAG